AUGGAUCCUGGUUUAUACAGAGCUGCCAAGGAAGGCACCAUUGUUGUCUUGGAGCAAUAUGUUGACCAACUUGAAGCCGAGGUCACCCCAAACAAGAACACUGUCCUCCACAUUGCAGCCCAAUUCGGCAAUUCACAAUGUGUCCGAGAGAUCCUAAGCAAGAAUUCGUCGCUGUUCAAUCGUCAGAAUGCAAAAGGCAACACCGCUCUCUUCAUGUUGCAGCAAGGGAGGGACACUCGGACAUAUGGUGUCCGAUAUCUUGAAACUUGCAGAGCACCGGCUUAUGGUGGCCCUGCUGGUAGAACAGCUUUGCACGCUGCAGUAAUUUCUAACAAUGAAGGAGGCACCAAAACAUUGUUGGAUUGGAAGAAAGAUUUGGCCAAGGAACCAGACGUGCAUGGCUGGACACCACUUCACUAUGCUGCGCGGUUCGGUCAAGUACAAAGGGCUAAACAGCUACUAGACUCGGAUAAAUCCAUUGCAUACCUUAUUGCAGACCAAGAUGAUAAUAAGACAGCUCUUCAUGUAGCAGCUAGUCAAGGACAUGUUAGUGUAAUACAAGAGCUUAUAUCACAAUGUCCUGAUUGUUGGGAGAUGGUUAAUCAUAAAGGCCAAAAUAUUUUUCAUGUUGCAGUGGAGAAUGAGAAAAAGAUGGUGAUUAAAUUCAUCUUGAAAAAUUAUUCACUCAGUGGCCUUAUACAUCAGAAAGAUGUCGAUGGGAACACCCCUCUCCACCUCAUUGCUACUGAAGAAUUGGAAGCAGCUGGUGCUACACUAGGUUUGCGAAAUGUAAUUGGCAAAGAUAAUGAGGUUUUAGCAAACGAGAAGAAAGAACGCGCUAAAUUUAAAAAGUCGAUACCCAUUGAUGUCAGGAAAGCAGGAGACACCCAUUUGAUAGUGGCUAUACUCAUUGCAACUGUGACUUUUGCAGCUGGUUUCACCAUGCCAGGUGGCUAUAACAGCAACGAUGGCCCAAAUCAAGGCAUGGCGAUUCUAACAAGAGAAGCAGCUUUCAAAGCUUUUGUCAUAAUAGAUUACAUGGCCAUGAUAUUAUCCACUUGUGCUAUUUUGGUUUAUUUUGCUUCAGCUGAUUAUGGGGAUCAAACUAAGCUUUUGUAUCGCUAUUCUCUCGUCGCUGGUCUUCUACAGAUUGCAACAAGAGCAAUGGUAUUUGUUGGGGAUCGGAGGCACACCAGGAAACACAACCAAGCAAUAACACAAGAGUUUUAA